AAUGGAAAAUUGUGUUGGCUUCACAACAUCCACAGUUCUCCAAAACAUCUCUUGUGAACUAAAAUCAUAUUUUGUUUAUCCUCUCGUUGGGUUCAAGAAUUCUAGUCAUUCUUUCAUUCUUAAAGAUAAGGAAAAGGGUAUGUGUGGUUCAGCCAAUAGGUCUGUCGAUCAUCCCCUGGAAUGUUUAAAAUUUCUUUGGUACCAAAGUGUUGGAUGUCGAGGAGAGUUUAUAAAAGACGAAAAUUGGGAUUCAAUGUCCAUUGAGGAUAUCAAAAAAGAUAUGAUUUCUUAUCAUUUUACCAUAGAAGGCGGAAUUAGAAACAUAGAUGGACAUAAAGUUUAUAAAAGAUAUCUCUGUCUAAUGACAGAUAUAUUUGAAGGGGAAAAUUUGGCCUUCCGCAAACCUAUCUCUUUUCCGUCGGGCUCAUACGAGGAUUUAUUACAUCCUACUCAUGUUGUAGAUGGUGUUGAAUUUACCGAAAAAAAUUUAGGGGGUUGUUCUAAUUUUAACAUAAAAGAUAGCAAUGACUAUUGGCUGAUCAUUGAUUUUUUAUCCACUAAAAACUUUAUUAGAAAAUUCAUAAUAACGACUCCAAAUUGCUGUGAUAAUCAAACUAUUAGUAUUUACUUGAAUAAUGCAGGAGCUCAUAUAACACAUUACGAAAAGAAUGAAAUUUGUGUAGAAGAUUAUCCAUUGAUAAACAAUCAUCAUAAUAGUAUCCAUUGUACAUCUAUAUAUCUUUUUCCUGGCAGAUACGCAACAUUUAAAUCUGCAAAUGAACUCCAGAUUUGUGAAAUAAAAGCUUAUUCAGCUACCCUUUCAUCUUUUUUACCGGCAUUCUCUUCUAGCGCUACGGGCCAUUACAGUAUGGCUUAUCAGGCCACAAUAGAUAAUCCUAUAAAUAUUUUUGAAACCUCCGAAGAAACUAAGCCAUGGUUUGGCUUAAGUUUAUUAAACAUUUAUAUAACAAAAGCUAUAGACAUCCUUUCUAAUAGAAAACAUUAUUUGGAAAAUGCAAUAGUUUAUGUCACUAUGACGCAUCCAUCUGAUAAUUUAACCUCUGACGAUGAAGAUUUUUGUGGACAAUUUAUUAACGUUAAUGAUUUUAGUAUGACAACAGUAAUUUGCCCUGGAAAUAAGAUAUUUGGUCAGUACGUUACAAUAAUAAGAGACGCUUUUACUAUAAUUUCAUUCGAAACAAUCAAUGUAUGGGGAUAUUUUGUGAAAAAAUCAAGUGAAAUAACAAAAAAUAUAGCUCUAAAAAAGCCUGUAUGGGCGUCAAGUCAGCAAACUUUCGGCUCGGAAAAAGAUGCUUUCGGCUUUGAAAUGAUGAUAAAUGAUGGAAUCUAUAACUUCAAAAUGUAUCAUUCAAGAAUGUCAAAAAAACCAUGGAUAUGUAUUGAUCUACUACAAGAAUAUCUUGUUUUCAGAUUUCGAAUUUUAAUUAGACCUUUAGCUUUGAUUACGGAAAGAUUUUCAAAUAUGUUCGGUAGAAUUGAAAAUACUCGACCUAGAAAUUCAAUCACUUUUAUUGCGAAUUGUUUUAACAAUACUGUUAAUCCAGCUCCUGGUUCACUACUUUCUUUAAAAUGUUUUGAACCAAAUCCAAUUGGACGAUAUGCAAUAGUAUUUUGGGAAUUUUUAGAAGGAAACUCUGCUAAUGUUCCUGAAAUUGAAGUAUUAGGUAUUCUUAAGAAGAAGAACUUGGAUAUCAUUAAAAUUCCGAUGAUAAGAGCAGAAGGAAGUGGACUCGAUCCAGGUGCACACAAGGUUGAACCUUAUGAACAAUAUCCCGCAAAAGCUAUUGACGGUUAUGUGUUACAAUAUUUUGGAAAUGUUAAAGACUAUGGGUAUUGUUCAACUGUUAGUCACGAGAAAAUGUCUGUUUUCACUGUUUAUUUUGAUGGUGAAUACGACGUUUCAGAAGUGACAGUAGUCCCAAGAUACCAGUUUAGCUUUCUUUAUGAAUACGUAGAACUUGUAGUUGGAAUUCAAAAUAGUUUGCAUGAUGGAAAAAGUUGUUAUCAGCAACCUUAUGCGACACGCAGACCAAUUUUUUAUUCCUGCCCCGAGGAUUCUGUGGGAAAUAUGUUAUCAUUUUAUCGAGGUUUACCCAGUACGAUAAUACAUAUAUGCGAAAUAAUUGCUUAUGGAGCAAAAGGUACUAAAAACAAGAUACAUUUCAAGACUUAA